AUGGCGUACAUUUUCCUGUUUGAAGUUAUCGUCGAUGAUUUGAACCUAUUUUCGGACGUUCGAAAUUUAACCACCGCGGAUCAGGAUGAGCUCGGCACGGCACGACGCGAGCUCUGCGUCCGUUUGCAGCUCGCAAACCUGGUACGGUGUGAGGUUUGUGAGAAAGAUUUCGGUUCCGCGCUAGACGUGGAGGUACGCAAAACUGGAGAAAACUGUCUGUUCGCCUACAAUCCAACGAGUGCCAUCGAGUUGGAAGAGGAACUUGUGCUACGAAUUUCCGCCCACGAAAAAGACCCCAACGGGAUGAAGCAAAUCAUUGGCAGCUGGAAAGGACCGGGCCGGGAAAUGUUGGUAGGACUUGCGCAAGCGUAUGACCUCCAGAAUGAGGCGCCCGUUGAGCAAAGCUCGAAAGAAUCGCUGCACUCCGGUGAAGUGGAUCACGUAACGCAACGCAACAACAAACCUGUUUCGCACACCUUCAAGACGAUGUAUCCACUCGAAACGGAAACGGAAAGCACGGUCGUUGGAAUGGUUGUGCUCACCAUCCGAAUGUCCUGUCUGGGUCCUAACAUUAAUCAGAAAGUGUUGUUUGGGGGACGGGACCUGCAGCAACAGCCCGUGACGUGCUACAAGAUGGAGAACGAACCUGUCGUGCAGUGUGUCACGCUGGAGGACCAGGACGAGCAGGAGCUGAUCUGCCCCAAGGGAAGUCUUGCUAGUAUUGUAGGGACGGAAAUCGUCCCGGAAGUACAGCCGUACGAUGAAUAUGCCGCAGAGUUGAACGAAAAUGCCAUUAGCAUUCGUGUGGAGAGGGAUGCAAAUAUUGCAGUUAGCAUCGAUGGUGAGGAAAGCAACGAAUGUACGAAAGGAUGUUGGACUUCCCUCACGCUCCCGGAUGGAGUGUACGGCCUGAAGGAGGAAUAUAUCCGCCAAGAAGCGAACGGAUGUCGACUUCCAGUCAUACGCGGUACGCUCAAGUACCCAGCCUACCACUGGUCCGGUGAUUUUAUGCUCGCCAAAACGACCACCCCCGUAACGGUGGAAGACUACCGGAAAAAGCCCGACCCAACCCGCACCGUGGCGCUGCAGGCACGACCCGAGCAGCACGAGCGCGACUGUGCCGGUAUCGAGAUCUGUCGAAAGGGUUGGCACGAUCCGAACGUAGACGUGUUUGUGCUUAAGCUCGGCAAGAACAAGCGCCACCCGGCUGGCAGUAAUCCGCGCAACGAGGUGGAAAUUGAGCUGCGAACACCGCGCGGCCCCUCGCAAGAGAUCCGGCCAAAGGUGUCGCGCGGCAUGCAGGUGAUCGAGGAAGAGUUUGAACCGGCCGGAGAAAUGCCCCGUACUGCCGCCCCGACCGGUGAGGGUGAGAAAGCGGACAAAAAGGCGAAACCUGCCGGUAAAAAGGGCAAAAAGAAGUAA